ACAGGCUAGAACAGCCAAAAGGUUCCAAGCAGAAGCCACACCGACGGGCAAUCAAAUGCGAGUAGAAAGAGAGAGCGAAUGAGGAACAAGGAAAGUGGCAACAUCUCCAGGGACAACAAACACUGCAAACAUGCGGAGGGGCAGCGUUGCCCGCCGUGGUAGAGACUGUUCGCGAUGGCUUUCAUAUUGGCAGAUCUGAGAUACUCGCUCUUUAGAACGCAGUGAUUUGCUUUGAUUAUUAUUAAUUGUAUUGUCUAGACGGUUGGAGCAGAUUCAGGCUGCGAUCUCCUCUUGAUCUGGCUUCUUGCUACGAUUAUAUAUUCUUCCACACCGAGUCGGAUAUAACCCCAAUUAUCUAAAUAUGGUAUCCAGCGAGGGAGCCCACGUAGUCUCAUCCGAGAAAAACUGGCGCGAGAAGUUCCCCGACGGCGACCUCUGGGUAUUCGGCUACGGGAGCUUGAUCUGGAAGCCACCGCCGCAUUUUGAUCAGCGAGUCCCAGGUUACAUUAAUGGCUAUGUCCGACGCUUCUGGCAGGCUAGUAAUGACCACCGCGGCACACCAGAGAAUCCUGGGCGGGUUUUAACCGUGAUUGACCGGGAGUUCUGGGAAACCCUCGAUGAUCCGCUAGCACACCAUGAAACGUCCCCGACCGCCACGGUCUGGGGUGCAGCGUACCAUAUCCCCGCCAGUCAUGCCAAUGAGGUCCGCCAUUAUCUCGACAUCCGGGAGAUCAAUGGCUAUACUGACCACUAUACGCCGUUUCACCCCGUCCUGACAUCUAAAGGAUCCGACGCCGCGAAAUGUCCCCCCACCCCGAUCACCUGUAUGGUCUACAUUGGCCAGCCCACCAAUCCUCAGUUUCUGCGUGAGCCGGCUCAACGGGAACAGCAGGCUGUGGCUGAGGUGAUCAGUCGCAGCGAGGGCAAGAGUGGGAAGAAUGCAGAAUAUCUGUUCAUGUUGGAGAAGGCGCUGGAGGGGCUUGGAUUUGGCAAUGCUGAGAUGCAUGUCACCGAUUUGGUGCGGCGGGUUAAGGCCCUACUGAAUGAAGAGGAGGUGCUGAAGGAAGAGGCACAGGCCGAGCGGGACUUGGAAGAGUCGUUGCAUCCAUCGGAACAGGAGGUGCAUCGGUGAUUCCCGCCGGUGGAGUAGGCUACUGGUUGUGUACGGAUAAGAUAGAUCAUGACUUGGACCUAGAAUCAUUCCAAAUUCACGAUAGAACACUAGCGCUUCGUUGGACCACACCCUUUGGCUCAAACCAGGUGUAACAUAGGUCAGAUUACAUACAUGUCAACAAUGACCCGAGUAAACGACAAGACACAAAUGAUUUAAGUUACGCGAUGCGAGUCAA